AUGAAGACGUCCGAAGAACAGGGACUCUCGCUGUUUCCAGGGACCGAUUUCGUCACUUGCCCGCUUCACGCGAUAGCCGCGGCGAUAAUCACCCAGACGGCGCCGCCCGUCAGCUUGAUCGACAACUUACCUGACGUCCAAGUUGAAGCCGCGGUAGACCUCUCCCCAGCAACACCGCUGGUGGAUGUCCUAGACCAUCCAGAUGAGUUCGCCGCUCUUGGGAGCGCCCCCGCACCUGCCGACCUUGCGCCUGCUCCCGCUACACCUGCACGCAAGGACACCACACCGACGAUCUUCACGCACGGCAACCGCAUCCUGAACCGCAUUGCACACAGAGCUGGCGUAGUCGAUUUGCUCACGUCGCACUCGUUUCGGCGGGGUGGUGCGCAGCAUGUGAACGGCUGUCACGAUCUGACGCAUCGCUCGAUCUUCGACCGAGGCGCUUGGAACAUGAGCACGACGAACAAGGGCUUCAAUUACAUCCUCAACACGAGCAGGGAAGACCACAAGGUUAGCAAGGCUCUCAGCGGAUACAGCACGAAGGCAGCGGUAAAAACGCUGAACUUGAAGUCGUUUGAUGCAGAGACGCAGCAGAAGAUUUUCGAAGUCCAGAAGCUGUUGUUCGCGACCUGCUACAAGAUGGAAAGCUUAAAGUACAACAUCAGUCAGCAAGUGGCUGACGUUCUCACUGCGUACCUUGUCUUGCACUACCCCCAAAUGAAGGAGCUUCAAGCUGGAGGCGUUGCUGUUCAGCACAUCGAAGCUGCUGUCGUUAGCGCGGGGGCUUCGAUUGCUGAGCUAUUAUCUUGCGCCUUCUGGAAACAGAGAACCUAA